UCAGCAGGAUCCGUGUUACCCAGAGUUAUAUUUUUCAUCCCCAGCUCCCUGCAAAGAAACUAGAGUGUCUCCAGGGGAUCAUAACUCUACGACUUACUUUAAUGAAUAUACUGAAAUAUUCAAGAUGCAUGACAACAAUGUUAGCGAUGCUGUGACCAAGUGCAAUGUCACUAAUUUGACAUUUCAGUACACUCUCUAUGCAACCACCUACAUCCUCAUAUUCAUCCCUGGUCUUCUGGCUAACAGUGUAGCCUUGUGGGUUCUGUGCCGCUUCAUCAGCAAGAAAAAUAAAGCCAUCAUUUUCAUGAUCAACCUCUCUGUGGCUGCCGAUUGGAAGCGUAGGUAUGAUGUGGGCAUCAGUGCUGCCAUCUGGGUCAUCGUGGGCACUGCCUGUUUGCCAUUUCCCAUCUACAGAGGCACAGACUUAGCCAACAAUACUGAAUCCUGCUUUGCUGAUCUUGGAUACAAGGAAAUGAAUCCAAUGGCUUUGGUUGGGAUGAUUACAGUUGCUGAGCUGGCAGGAUUUGUGAUCCCAGUCAUCAUCAUCGCAUGGUGUACCUGGAAAACCACCAUAUCCUUGAGGCAGCCACCAGUGGCUUUCCAGGGAAUCAGUGAGAGGCAGAAAGCAUUGCGUAUGGUUUUCAUGUGUGCUGCAGUCUUUUUCAUAUGCUUCACUCCCUAUCAUAUUAACUUUAUUUUUUACACCAUGGUAAAGGAAAAUAUCAUUAGCAGUUGUUCCAUUGUCAAAAGCACACACUAUUUUCACCCUUUUUGUCUCUGCCUUGCAAGUCUUUGCUGCCUUUUGGAUCCAAUUCUCUAUUAUUUCAUGGCCUCAGAGUUUCGUGACCAACUCUCCCGCCAUAGCAGUUCUGUGACCCGUUCUCGCCUCAUGAGCAGGGAGAGUGGUUCAUCAAUGAUUGGCUAA